AUGGCCGACAAGGUGAGUACCAAGCUGAGCGCAAUGGAGCUCGCGGACUCUGCGGAGAAGAAGUUUGGCCGGCGCAACCACCUGCGGACGAUCGAGGAAGAGGUCGACCACUCGAAGAAGAAGUUCCUCGCGACCUUCCCGUUCCCGUACAUGAAUGGCAUGAUGCACAUUGGUCAUGGCUUUACGAUCACCAAGGCCGAGUUUGCGACGCGGUACCACCGCCUUAAGGGCGAGAACGCCAUGUUCCCGUUCGGCUUCCACUGCACGGGCAUGCCGAUCCAGGCCGCGGCCAACAAGCUCAAGGCCGAGCUCGACGAGUUUGGCUUCCCGCCGCAGUUCCCGGUCGAUGCGCCCGAGACCGUGCCUGCGCCGUCGAGCGCGCCCGUCACGAACGAGUCCAAGGCCAAGGGCAAGAAGUCCAAGACGGUCGCCAAGACGGGCGGCCUCGUGCGCCAGUACGACAUUCUCUCCAAGAUGAUCCCGGACCUCGAGAUGAUCCCCAAGUUCAAGGACCCGAACUUUUGGCUCCAGUACUUCCCGCCGUACGGCGAGGAGCAUCUGCGCCGCUUUGGCCUCGCGACCGAUUGGCGCCGGUCGUUUAUCACGACCGACGUCAACCCGUUCUACGACGCGUUCAUCCGCUGGCAGCUCAACACGCUCAAGGAGCGGUCGCGCGUCAGCCGCGGCAAGCGUCCGAACGUCUACUCGCCGAUCGACAAGCAGACGUGCGCGGACCACGAUCGCCAGUCGGGCGAAGGCGUCGGCCCGCAAGAGUACACGCUCGUGAAGCUCGAAGUGCAGGCGCCGCUGCCGGCCAAGCUCGCGUCGCUCUCGGGAUUCAAGGUCUACCUCGCGCCCGCGACGCUCCGCCCGGAGACCAUGUACGGCCAGACCAACUGCUUUGUCUUGCCCGACGGCGACUAUGGCGCGUACCGCAUCAACGAGACCGACGUGUUUAUCAUCAGCCGUCGCGCCGCGCGCAACCUCGCGCACCAAGAGUACUCGCGCGUGUGGGGCAAGGAGGAGUGCCUCCUCGAGCUCAAGGGCUGGGACCUCCUCGGCCUGCCGCUCUCGGCGCCCCAGGCGACCUUCAAGACGGUGUACACGCUGCCGCUGCUCACCAUCUCAAUGGGCAAGGGCACGGGCGUCGUCACGUCGGUGCCGUCCGACUCGCCCGAUGACUACGCCGCGCUCCGCGACCUCAAGCAGAAGCCGGCCAUGCGUGAAAAGUACCUCAUCGCCGACCACAUGGUGCUGCCGUACGAGGUGGUUCCGAUCAUUGACAUUCCUGGCUACGGCGAGACGGCCGCGGUCAAGCUCUGCGACGACCUCAAGAUCCAGUCGCAGAACGACAAGGAGAAGCUCGCCAAGGCCAAGGAGCUCGUGUACCUCAAGGGGUUCUACGAAGGCGUCAUGCUUGUCGGUAGCCAGAAGGGCCAGAAGGUGUGCGACGCCAAGGCCGGCUGCCGCCAAGAGCUCUUUGACGCUCACCAAGCGAUCCCGUACUGGGAACCCGAGUCGACGGUCAUGUCGCGCACGGGCGACGAGUGCGUCGUCGCGCAUCUUGACCAGUGGUACCUCCUCUACGGCACGGAAGACUGGAAGCAGCGCGUCUCGGCGCACAUUGAGAACCCGGCGGCGUUCGAGACGUACAACCCGAUUUCGCUCGGCGAGUACCGGUCGACGCUCGAGUGGCUCAAGGAGUGGGCGCCGUGCCGCCAGUUUGGGCUCGGCACCAAGCUGCCGUGGGACACGGAGUUUGUCAUCGAGUCGCUCUCGGACUCGACGAUCUACAUGGCGUACUAUACGAUCGCGCACCACCUGCAGACGAGCGUCGACGGGUCGGUGGGCGGCCCGCACGGCAUUACGGCCGCCGACUUGACCAAGGAGGUCUUUGACUUUAUCUUCCUCAAGGGCCCGGCCCCGACAUCGUCCAAGAUUUCGCUCGCCGUCUGGACCGAGCUCCAGACCGAGUUUGAGUACUGGUACCCGGUCGACCUCCGCGUCUCGGGCAAGGAUCUCAUCCGCAACCACCUCACCAUGUGCUUGUACAACCACGCCGAGAUUUGGCGCGACGACCCGUCGAAGUGGCCGCGCUCGUUCUUCACCAACGGCCACGUCCAGGUCGACGCGCAGAAGAUGUCCAAGUCGCUCGGCAACUUCCUCACGCUCGAGUACUGCUUCACCGAGUACGGUGCGGAUGCGACGCGCUUCGCGUGCGCGGACGCUGGCGACUCGAUGGACGACGCCAACUUUUCGCGCGACACGGCCAACAUGGCGAUCCUCCGCCUCACGACCGAGGAAGAGUGGAUCAAGAAGACGAUCGACGAGAAGGCGACGCUGCGUGUCGGCGCGCUCAACUUCAACGACCGCAUGUUUAACGCGCAGAUGGACGACAUCAUCACCCGGACGGCAUCGCACUUUGAUGCGAUGCAGUGGCGCGACGGCUUCCAGGCCAGCUUCUUCGAGCUCCAGAUCGCCCGGGACUCGUACCGCGACGUGUGCACGCGCGGCGGCUUUGGCGUCCAUAAGGACGUCAUCUUCCGCUUCAUCGAGGCGCAGACGAUCAUGCUCGCGCCAAUUUGCCCGCACAUUUGCGAGCACUUCUGGACGCUCCUCGGCAAGCAGGGCUUUGUCGCCGACGCGCUCUGGCCGACGGCGGCGCCGCUCGACUACAACCUCCUCCGCGCCGGCGAUUUCUUGACCAAGUCGCUCAAGCACUUUCGCGACGCCGUGCUCAAGGGCGCGGUCGCCAAGAAGGGCGUGAAGGCGCCGGUGACCAAGCCGACGCACGCGCACGUGUACCUUGCCGAGGCCUUCCCGCUCUGGCAGCAGACCGUGCUUCGCUUCAUGGCGACGCUCAUCGACGGCAAGUCGUUCCCGAAGGACUUUAUGGGCCAGCUCAAGACGCUCGUGGCCGGCGACGCCGACCUCAAGAAGCUCACGAAGAACGUCAUGCAGUUCGCGGCCUUUGUCAAGGCCGACGCCGAGCUGCGUGGCAUGGAUGCGCUCGAGCUCAAGAUGCCGUUCGACCAAAAGGCCGUGCUCGAGACCAACAAGGUCUACAUUGUCAAGUCGCUCGAGCUCGAGGACAUGAGCUUCCACUACGUCGACGGCGCGGCCUCGAUCGAGGGCGCGGACGCCAAGAAGAUGGAAGUCGCGGCCCCCGGCAAGCCCAGCAUCUUCCUCUACUAA